AGGGCAGGGCAGGGCAAGGCAAGGCAAGGCAGAGAGAAGGGAGCCAUCGGGAGUCGGAGCUUGAGCCAGAGCCGUCGAGGAGCCGCUAUGGGGUCCCACAGGCCUCCGAGCCGUGUGUGGAGCUCCGGCCUCCGGGGAGGGGUAGGCACGGACGGCGAGGACGACGGGCCCGUGUGGACUCCCAGCCCGGCCAGUCGCAACUACCUACUCAGCGUGAGGCCCGAGAUCAGCUUAUCAAGCAACCGGUUCUCUCACCCCAGCUCUGGAAGGAGCACCUUCUGCUCCAUCAUUGCCCAGCUGACCGAGGAGACCCAGCCCCUGUUUGAGACCACCCUCAAGUCCAGGGCUGUGUCCACAGACUGUGACGCCAGGUUCACUUGCGUUGUCACAGGAUACCCAGAGCCCGAGGUGACGUGGUAUAAAGAUGAUGAAGAGCUGGACCGGUACUGUGGCUUGCCAAAAUAUGAGAUUUCUCAACAGGGGAAUCGGCAUAUCCUACAGCUGUACAAGUGCCAAGAAGAAGACGCUGCUAUCUACCAGGCGUCUGCUCGAAAUGCCAAAGGCAUCGUGUCCUGCUCCGGAGUCUUGGAAGUGGGGACCAUGACUGAGUACAAGAUUCACCAGCGAUGGUUUGCAAAGCUGAAGAGGAAGGCAGAGGCAAAGAUGCGGGAGAUUGAGCAGAGCAGGAAGUAUGGGAAAGAGAUGGUGUCCGAGGCUGACACAAUGCGCAAACUCAGUCCAGACCGAUUUCAGCGGAAGCGGCGGCUGAGCGGGGCAAGGGAGCAAGGUCCUUCGGCUUCUUGCAAAGAUCUUGAGGAUGGGGUCCUGGAGCCCGAACUUGAAGGAGAGGCCAGUGAGCCGCCCUGGAGCCCAGCCAUUGGUCUGGCCAAUAACUUUACAGGGGGUGAGGUUACCACUAAUGGGGACUCCACCUUGGAGAGUGGAGAGGAGAGUGGAGAUGGCUUUUUGUCUUAUAUCUGUGAGGCUGUGGAGCUCAUCUCCCAGAGACCACCCAGCAAAGAGUCUGUGGCCAAGAAGAAGAAGAAAGAAGAGGGGCCGAACCACAGAGGGACGAGGACAGGUGAGCAAAAACCCGAAGGAGCAAGAACACCUGAAAAUCACAUCCCCACCACUGCAGAAUCAGACUCCAGCUGGACUCGUGGCCACAUGGAGGUGGAGAAUACCCCAUUGGCUCAGAGAGAGAGUUCUCCAAAGACCACAAAGCUGGACAGAUCAGAUGGGACCCUGGAAUCAAGCUCUACUGUGACACAGGAAGCCAGAAGCUCAAGCAAGAUUGGGGUCAAGACUGACAAGGGCCCAACAACCCCUCCACCAGAUACCAAUGUUUAUUUCUCCUUAAAGGAUAUGUACCUGGAGAACACACAGUCUACUGCCACUGAGGAGAGACUCCAGUCCCCCAGUGGAAGUCCCCAAAGUGGUUACCCUUUGGGAGUCUCACCAGGAAGGGAGACAGGAGGAGAGAAGCUGUCUUCUGGCCAGGCUGUGCCUGCCGCUGCCCAACAGCCUUCCAGAUUAUUUAAUAGGAAAAGAUUUGCCCCUCCUAAACCAAAAUGUGACCCCAGCAAUGAUUCCCAGCCUUGUGCCUCUGUGGAUCCCCCCUCAGGCAUUUUGGACCCUUCUCCUCAGCAAGGAGUCCAGGCCUUGGGAAUUUCCCGUGAGCCAACAGCCACUGUCCCAACUCCCCCUGCCCGGCGGAAGCACAAGACCCAGGAGAGCCUUGCCCAGAAGUCGAUAGCCCACAGGACCCCUUGUGAGACCCUGGAGACCCAGGUGGCCCAAGCUCAGGCAACAUCUGCUGCCAGCAGCUCUAAGACCAGCCACAACCUUGAGGGAGAACAGGGGAGCAGCGAGCCCAUGGAUGUUGAGACACAGGAAGAGAGGACGAAGAGGGAGAGAAGGACGCCGAUGGAUGUCAGUGCGCAGCUGGAGAACGCACGGGAAGACCUGAGGACCCAGGCAGGCGUGUGUUCCCUGGCAGAGGGGAUGACACAGACAGAUGUGAACCAGCAGGUGGUUGGGAGAGCCCAUGUGGAUAGCACACAGAUGGAUGGCGGGACACAGGUGGUGGCAGGAACUCAGCCAGAGUGGGAGAGAAGCCCUGAUACGCAGCCUAUGGCCCUUGGCUUCCAGGUUUCAGAGGCUCCUCAGAGAUCUGGCCACCUCAGGAGGCUACCUGUGGUAUCCUCCUGUUCUUCAGAGGUCGGGUCUGAGGAGACACAGAUUCCAGCCCUCGGGAACAUCCAAGGGAACAUGCAGAGCUUCACAGCCCCACUUGGUCCAGGAGCUGGUAGGAGACCAGGGGAUAGCGGGGAGAGCAGAGGCCUAGGGAAAUCUGAAGUUGACAAAGGCACACGACAGCCUCAGGAGGAGUUGCCUUGGUCCACUGAGGAGCCAAUAAACAUUGACUCUGAGGCCUGCAAGAAAGGAUUUGACUCUCAUACAACUUCUUCCCAAAGCCCCAAGGCCUUCAGCAUUCCUAGCCCGAAGGCAGUCUGCCUCCCAAAGAACACACAGGAAAAGCAGGUCGAAGGAGGGCCUACCCAGGCGGCUGUGAUGCCCCGGCCAGAAGCAGAGCCAGAGCCACAGGCUCACUGUGAAGACUCGCCCAGAGUGGGCAGCCCCAGCCAGGGUCAUGGGGCAGAGGCUGAGGCUGCGAUGAGUACAGGAAAUGCUCUGGGUGCCCACGGGGUGUCUGAACCUGAGGUUCCAGGAGCUGGGCUGAGGGCCCCCAGCCCUGUAGCCCCUGACAGUGGACUCAUUGAUUCCUUGAAGAAUUAUUUACUCCUGCUCCUGAAGCUCUCCAGUGCAGACACAGACUGGAGUGAAACUGAAGCCAGAGGGAGGCCAGAGGGCCAGCAGCCCCCCGCAGGGGGACCUGGUCCCCCAGACACGCUGGCACCGACAGUGGAGAUCGCUGGCUUGAGCCCCCGAACAUCUCGGAAGAUCCUAGAGCGAGUGGAGAACAACCACCUCAUUCAGAGUGCCCAGAGCUUGCAGCUCAGCCCCUGUACCUCCCGCCGGCUCACUGGUCUCAUUGACCAGGAGGUGCAGUCUGGCCACAAGGCCCUGGCAGCAGGGAGGCCGCUGGGAAGAUACCCCAGUCCACUGACUGUCCCUACCAUUGUGGUGGGGGAGGAGGAGACCGAGGGGCAAGGCCCAGAGAAAAGUAACAAGGGGGCUGCUGAGGAAAUCAGGGCUGGGCCCAAGGAGAGCAGAAUGGGGGAAUCCCUUCAGAUCAGUGGGGAUCAAGGAGCCCUCAGGAUGGGGGAGCCCCUUGGUGAGAAUAAGCGGGAGGAGCGCUUCAAGGAUGUAGAGCUCUCAGGUGAUAACAGGGGGAGUCUCCCAGGUGCAACCCCAGAGGAGCUGGCCUUGGGAGCUAGGAGAAAGAGAUUUCUCCCCAAGGCCAGAGUGACUGGGGAUGGGGAAGCCCCUGCUCCUGAAGAGAGAGAAAGCCCAACAGUUUCUCCCAGGGGGGCCAGAAAAGGCCUGGUGCCUGGAUCCCCACUGAUUCCCCCCAAGGAGAGGCAUUCUCCUUCCCAGAACAGGAAGAUGCUCGAGGUACCUGGUCCAGAGGACUCUGCAGAGCUGGGCUCGGGGCCCAAGGGCAGUGGGCCAGACUCAGAGUUGGCCCCUGAAGAUGGCAAACAGGACGAGCCAGCCCAGCCCAGAAAAACUAAAGACCUUUUCAAAGCUCCCCAGGUGAUCCGGAAGAUCCGGGUGGAACAGUUUCCUGAUGCUUCUGGAAGUCUAAAGCUGUGGUGUCAGUUCUUCAAUAUCCUCAGCGACUCAGUAUUGACCUGGGCCAAGGACCAGCUGCCCGUGGCUGAGGUGGAGCGGAGUGCGGGAGACGAGGCACCAGCAGCCUUGGCCAUUGUACAGGCUUCACCCCAGGACUGCGGUGUGUACCAGUGUACCAUCCGGAACGAGCAUGGCAGCGACUCUACUAACUUUUGUCUCAGCCCCGAGGUGUUAUCAGGAUUCGUCUCCAGAGAAGAAGUUGAAGUUGGAGAAGAGAUCGAGAUGACUCCCAUGGUGUUUGCCAAGGGCCUUGCUGACUCUGGCUGCUGGGGGGACAAACUUUUUGGGCGUCUGGUGAGUGGGGAACUUCGUGGAAGCGGGCGUGGACGUGGUCUUCGCAAAGCCUCCCAGGCCAAGGUCAUCUAUGGACUGGAACCCAUCUUUGACUCAGGACGGACUUGUGUCAUCAAGGUCCCCAACCUACUUGUGUUUGGGUCCAGCAGUGAGAACUCUCUACUGGGGAGGAAUUAUGAUGUCACCAUCCAGGGAUGUAAGAUCCAAAACAUGAGCCGUGAGUACUGCAAGAUCUUUGCGGCCGAGGCCCGAGCUGUCCCUGGUUUUGGGGAGGUUCCUGAGAUCAUCCCACUGUACUUGAUCUACCGGCCAGCAAAUAACAUCCCCUAUGCCACCUUGGAAGAAUACCUGGGGAGGCCAUUGGAGCGGUACUGUGCUCGUGAUUUGGAGAGUGGUGGCUCCCAGGCGGCCCCUGCCACCUCGGAGGCUGCCCAGAAGUGUCGGACCUUCCAGCACUGGUUAUAUCAGUGGACGAAUGGCAGCUUUCUGGUCACAGACCUUGCAGGUGUUGACUGGAAAAUGACAGAUGUGCAGAUUGCCACCAAACUUAAAGGGUACCAAGGUCUCAAGGAAAGCUGCUUUCCGGGCCUUCUCGAGCAGUUUGCUGUUUCACAUCAAUGCAACACCCACUGUGAGAUGCUGGGGCUGAAGUCUCUCAAGAGCCUUGAGACUCUUUACCCCAUGGCCAAGGCCAAGGGCUCCAAGAGCCCCUCCUCGGGCAGGAAAGCUCCUUCAUCCACUCAGCUGAGCCCUCAGCUUCAGAAGAAAGGUCACCCCAGCCCGCAGGGAUCUCGGAAAAGCUCCUCAAGCUUGAAGGCCACCCCUAAGUCCCCUGAGACUGUCGAUUCACAGUGGAAUAGCCAACCUGCUGCUUCCCAGCACAGGGGCUCCAAGGCUCAGGGCAUGUGAUAAUCACAACUGGAGGCUGGGGGGCCUCCACCCAGAUUAAAGACCAACCAGGAAACAGUUCAAACCAGACAGUAACUAACACAGAAGCAGAAAGAAUGGGUGGGUGUAGCCCCUGUUGCAGGAGGUCUCUCCAUUCCCCUCUAACCUCAGAGUGACAGGACCCACGGUGCCUAAAGCCGUGCCAGGGUCUCAUGGGGUACCUGGGACCUCCAGGAAAGAUUCAGGGGUCAUCUCUGUUUCAUUCAUUCGAGGCCUCGGGGCAGGCCCAAACAUGGGGCCCACCGCCUCCCUCCAGGCUUGGCGGAGAGAGGGGGAGCCAGGUCAUCCCUGUGGCCCGACAGAGUGCCCUGAGAGCACGCGAGGGGCAUUGGGGCCUCCUGGGUAGGGUCCUCCAUCACGUUUACACUUGCCCAUAGCAUCCCUAGGCUGGGCACCCUUAUCAUGGCCAGGGGCCGGCUGCUCUGGGCAGAGGCCUUCCUGUUUCAGUAUUGCUUGGCACUGAACUUUUGGCAUUAACAAAGCUCCUUGCCCCUGUUUGUGGGCAUCAGACUGGCGUUCCUAUUGGCUGGCACCCACCCCCUCCAGGGUCUGCUCCCCUCCUAAACACUUUGCCUCCUGUGGCCUAGCUCAGCCUCCAACUGAGCUGCCUGGGGUCUCCGGGAGAACUCUCCCGACCCUCUCCAGAGCUUCUUCCCCAGCACCCUGUCUGUUUGUCUUGUGACUUUUACCAAUGAAGGGCAUUCACUCUCCCGCUUUUCCCAUCACCCUCUUUACUGCUGAUUCCUUUCUCCUUAAAGGCUUCUCCCUUGCUCCUCUCCUGGCUGAGUCUUUUUCUAGGGCUGCCCCUGCUGUUCUUUGCUGAGAGAUGGGGCUCCGACUCCACUCUGGCACCAGGGAAAUUGCUCCCUUUGCUUUAUUCUCUUUCUCAAGUUUGCCUCGGGCUGCUGGGCCCAGCAGGAUAGAGAGGGCUCAGCAGCUGUGGCUCCUGUUGGGGAGGUUUGGAGUCCCUUUCUGAGGUAGAGAAUUUGGAGCCUCGGUGAUUCUUAGGUGUUCCCGAAUAGUCAGUGCCUGAGGGGUGGGUUAAUUUUCUGCUCAGGGUAGAAUGUGUGUUGGGUGAGGUGGGUAGGUAGGGAGGGAGAAAGAAGCCAGACCAGCCCUGGGGGGCUAGACCUCUGUGUCUAGACUCUCAGAGUGAGACCUGGGAUACCUGGGGGACAGGUCGUAGCCCCCUGAUCCAUUUCUUCAGUUAUGGAUUUUUCUUUAUGGGCGCCAAAAGAAACUGUAGCCCCAGGCAGAGGAGCUCAGCCUUAGGCCUAGUACAGCCAGCUCCUCCUUCCUGAGUGUAUCUUGUUCUGGUCCGGCUGGGAUGGGUAUUCCUUACAUGGUGACAGGGGCUUGCAUGCUCCACUUUGAAUGCAAUAAAGACAAUGAAUGCUUGUCCA